AGCGAGACCCUCCUCAAACUUAGACAAGUUAGCUAGCUGUUAGGAUUGGCUAUGUAUGCCGAUUAACGGAGGCUAGACUUUGGCGGAAACAUCUACGUUCACCUACUUCCACUGCUCGUCGUGCCAUAUGGCCAAGCAUGUAAGCAUCGAUUAGUGUGGUCUGGUGACAGUAAGGUAUUGGAUUAACCAACUGCUGUUGCCAGUGCCAUCAGCUCGUGAUUGACAAAACAUUGUAGUAUAUGAUCCUUGACGGCGGAUUCUACGACUCGUAUUUUUAAGGCUCCAGCACCCCCUCUGUGACCCUAGCGAGGAUAAAGCGGUACAGAAAAUUGAUGGAUAUUGUUUAGUACGGCUUUGCCAGAAGAGCUCAAAUCAGCAGCAAUGAAGUGGACACGCAAAAAGGAGCCCAGUACUUUUCUUAAAUGCGAUUACAUUCCACUGACAUUACCGUUUUCUGUGUUGUUGGAAUUAAAGAGGUGGACGGGUACAAGUUGUGCUGGAGCUGCUCCAUCUAUGGCCAGGAAUUCCACCCCUCAGUUGAAUGUGCUGUGAUAGAAAAGAGUGGACCAGAUAUUCCAUUCUACCAUGGAGGACACACGGUCCAAACCUUCCACUCCGGUGCCCAGUCCUGCACCCAGUCCUGCACCCAGUCAUGCACCAAGUCCCGCACCAAGUCCCGCACCCAGUCCACUUCUAGACAGAAUCCCUUUGCCAUCAGGAAACCAUGUGGAGCACCUGAAUGUGAACCAGAUCCAAGUAGUGGUGAGACGUUGUUCCAGUCCAAAUGUCACAGAGGAAACAACUUAUUUUCUUCCUCGCCACCCUGUGGUGGAUGCGGGAACCAACACAGAACCACCACUUGUUUGCUGCCCCUUGCUUCACAGAUUUUGCCCUUGUCCUCCAAGAGGCCUUGUGGCCUCUGUCAUUACAAAAGUCCUCUUGGCCGCGGUGCUCUUUGGAGUGGUGUGGUCCGUCACAGAGGACGAAUGUCUUCCAGGUGGUAACCUGUUUGGCAUUACGGUGCUUUUCAUCUCUGCAGUCAUUGGUGGCAAACUGGUGGCUCUGAUUCGGCUGCCGAGACUUCCACCAUUCCCUCCACUUCUUGGUAUGCUACUCAUGGGUGUCAUGCUGAGAAAUGUCCCAGUAAUAACAGACGGUGUGUACAUUAACUUCAAGUGGUCCGCCUCCCUCAGGAACAUUGCGCUGGCGGUCAUCCUAGCCAGAGCCGGUCUGGGUUUGGAUCCCUCGGCUCUGAGGAAGCUAAAGUCUGUGUGUUUGCGUGUGGCAGUGGGGCCAUGCAUCAUAGAGGCCUGCACCAUAGCUCUGGUCUCCCACUUCCUCAUGGGUUUGCCCUGGGUGUGGGGCUUCAUCCUAGGCUUUGUGCUCGGCGCCGUGUCUCCCGCAGUGGUGGUCCCCUCCAUGUUGCUACUGCAGAAGGACGGUUACGGUGUGGAGCAAGGCAUCCCAACUUUGUUGAUGGCAGCGGGCAGCUUUGAUGACAUACUUGCCAUAACAGGGUUCACUACAUGCUUGGGCAUGGCUUUCGCUACAGGUUCCACAUGGUACAACAUCUUGAGAGGUGUGCUGGAGGUGGCCAGUGGCUUGGUUGCUGGGAUCCUUCUUGGCUUUCUCAUCCAGUACUUUCCUAGUCUUGACCAGAAACACUUGGUGAUGAAGCGAUCCUUCUUGGUGCUCGGCCUGUCUGUCUUUGCGGUGUUUGGCAGCAGUGUGGCUGGAUUUCCUGGUUCUGGUGGCCUCUGUACUCUGGUAUUGGCAUUUCUCGCUGGUCUCGGAUGGGGUACAGAAAAGGCACGCGUGGAGGAAGUGGUAGGCUGGGCUUGGGAUGUGUUUCAGCCACUUCUGUUUGGCUUAAUCGGAGCAGAGAUAAGAGUGUCGGAGUUGGAGGGACACACAGUUGGUCUGGGUAUUGCUUCUCUGCUCAUUGCCCUGCUGGUUCGUCUCCUUUUCACCUAUGUUUGCGUGUUGUUCGCCGGCUUCAACAUUCGAGAGAAGCUGUUUAUUGCCCUGGCUUGGAUGCCCAAAGCCACUGUCCAGGCAGCUAUUGGCUCCACAGCUUUGGACAUGGCCAGAACAAGGCAAGACGAGCAGAUGCAGAAGUAUGGCAUGGAUGUGCUGACCGUGGCUGUGCUCUCCAUUCUUCUCACGGCGCCAGUCGGAGCCCUUAUAAUAGGCCUGUGUGGACCAUGCCUGUUGCAGAAACCAAAGAACUCAGCCUGUGGCACUGCGGUAGGGGACGAUGAGGACAAUGAAACGCCGGUCACCUAUGAAAGUACUCUUUGACCUCUCUCAUCUCAGUGCAAACAAUGAGGUGUUGAAUGAACAAUUGUUUAAUUUUGGAUUUGAGGGCAUAUGUCUACAACUGCUGCAACACUGUGUACUAGCAUCGAACACUUCACCGUUACAAUCUAUUUUUGACGAUUUCUCUAUGUAUUCUUUAUGGGACAUUUGACUCAAGUUUUAAUUUGAAACAAAAACAAUUGUAAUGACAUGUUGGAUAUGUCAGCUCUCCUUUAGCCACCGAGUGGCCUACUUUGUCUUGCUGUCUUCAGACAGCUCCUGCUGUUCUCUCUGUUGCAGGAGUACAAGCGUGAAUGACUUAUGUAUUUAUAGCCACUGGUGAUUUCCAGGCCUCAAACAAAUGACCCACAUCCGAGCAUGUGAAUGAAUGGUCAUUCAGUUUUUGAGAGAUAAUUUCACGUCAGAGUCAAAAUGUUCAUUAUCAUUGAAUGAGUUAGUUUCAUGAAUGUGAUUUUGAUUUUUUUUCCGUAUUUGUUCAAAUAAGAGAAUCUGAUUUUAUGGUAAUACUAAUAAUUACAUCCGCUAGCGGCCAGCCUAUUGAGUUAGUUAUAAAAAUGGGAAUUACAACAGUGUUUUGUUUUGAAACAGGAGCUCGUUUUGCACUUAAGUACUAUUUUAUUUAAUCAAAAUGUGUAAAAACUCAGGAAAAUGUAUAAAUGGUAACUCAAAUAUUUCCCUUUGCUUUGAAAUAGAAGCUGAAACAUAUUCAUAUACACUCAUCAUUUAAUAGUCAUUUUUAAUCCAGUUUUGUUACUUUCAUGUUACAAAAGUAUCUUGUUUUGGUUG